GGAGAAGCGAGGGCAUUAGGACCAGGAGCGAGCUGCAUGCUUGGCUCCCGCUGUGUCUGGCAGAGGGUUCCUGCAGAGCUGGAGGUGUGUGUGAAAGGAAACCCGGACAGUGCCUGCCGGCUUUACAUCUGUUACUCUGACCUGACUCAAGGCAUCCGAAGGAGGAUGUCUGUCAUCUUGGCUUGACUGAACCCCCAGCAACUCGCCCCAGACAGCCUGUAGGACCUCGCCACUCAUGCAGAGGGGGAAGGAACAUGGGGCAAAUCACCAGAGCAGGAUGGACAAGAACAGGGUGAGAGGGGAGCCAACAACCGGAGACCCUUCUCAGAAGACAACUAACACUCAGAGAGGACCCGGGACCCCAGGCUCCAGUGGCGUUCUGAUUCCAGAGGGCAGUGGGUCUUACAAACGCUGUUAGCAAAUGUCUGGUGAGAUAAAAGGAGCAGGUGACUGGCAAAAAGCCUUUUGGCUGAAAUGAACAGCCCAGGUUCAGUUACAAGCUUGUAGGUACCUGGGUAGCAAGGAGGAAGCAAACUUGAUCAGGACCUGUUGCUUCCGGCUGCAUACAUACGACAUGCUCCUGAGGAAGCGACCCAGGAGUGGACGUUCCGGGCCUCGGUUCCUCCUACUCUUCCUGACUCUGGGAUGUGUCCUGAUGAUGGUGAUCAUGCUGCACCCUCCCCCGCCCACCCUGCACCAGGCUGUCACAGCCCAGGCUAACAAACACAGCCCUGACACGGGGUAUCGCCUGGACUUUGGGGACUCUCAGGAGUGGGUUCUGGAGGCUGAGGAUGAGGGUGAGGAGUACAGUUUCUUGGAUGGCCUGCCACCCUUCAUCUCCCUGCAGGAGGAUCAAUUGCUUGUGGCCGUGGCCUCUCCCAGAGCUAGGAGGAAUCAGAGCCAGGGCAGAAGACAGGGCAGCUACCAGUUCAUCAAACACAUGAGCAGGAGACGGCAUGAGAAAGCCCCUGAGAAGGAUUGGAGGACUGAGGAGGAUGGGGAGGAAUCAGAAGAGGCAGUGACCCCACUCAGCCUGGACUCAGAUGGCCUCAACAAGGCACUCAGAGCCCGCCUGCCGAUGAGGAGCGUCCUGCCUGAGGCGCGGCAUCCACUGUGUCUGCAGCAGCACCCUACAAGUGGCCUGCCUACAGCCAGUAUCAUCCUCUGCUUCCAUGACGAGACCUGGCCCACGCUCUCGAGAACUGUGCACAGCAUCCUGGACACAGCACCCAGGGCCUUGCUACAGGAGAUCAUCCUUGUAGAUGACCUCAGCCAGCAAGAACCACUGAAGUCUGCUCUCAGUGAAUAUGUGGCCAGGCUAGAGGCUGUGAAGUUGCUCAGGAGCAACAAGAGACUUGGCACCAUCGGAGCCCGGAUGCUGGGGGCCACCAGGGCCACCGGGGACGUGCUGGUCUUCAUGGAUGCCCACUGUGAGUGCCACCCUGGCUGGCUGGAGCCUCUCCUCAGCAGAAUAGCUGAUGACAGGAGCCGAGUGGUGUCUCCAGUCAUCGACGUGAUUGACUGGAAGACACUUCAGUACUCUUCAUCCAAGCUGCAGCGAGGGGUGCUGGACUGGAAGCUGGAUUUCCGAUGGGAGCCUCUGGGGGAGCAGGAGCAGAAGGCCCUCCCAUCCCCUAUCAGCCCUGUCAGGAGCCCUGUGGUACCCCGAGAAGUGGUAGCUGUGGACAGACAUUACUUCCAAAACACUGGAGCAUAUGAUCCCCUCCUGUCACUAUGGGGUAGUGAAAAUCUCGAGAUGUCCUUCAAGGCCUGGCUCUGUGGUGGCUCUGUUGAAAUUAUUCCCUGCUCUCGAGUGGGACAUGUCUACCAAAGCCAAGAUGCCAGCUUCAGGACUGACCCUGACGAGGUCAUCUUAAGGAACAAGAUCCUCAUUGCUGAGACCUGGCUAGCUUCCUUCAAGGAAACCUUCUACAGGCAAAACCCAGAGGCCUUUGCCCUGAGAAAGGUUGCAAAGCCAGACUGUACAGAGCGCCUGAAGCUGCAAAGGAGGCUGGGAUGCCGGACAUUCCACUGGUUUCUGGCCAAUGUCUACCCUGAGCUGUAUCCAUCUGAGCCCAGGCCCAGAUUCUCUGGAAAGCUCCACAACACUGGAUUUGGCCUCUGUGCAGACUGCCAAGCAGAAGGUGACCUCCUGGGAUGCCCCAUGACACUGGCUCCUUGCAGUAACAACCGGCAGCAACAGAACCUGGAGCACACCAGCAGGAAGGAGAUUCUCUUCGGCAGCCCACAGCGCCUGUGCCUUGAUGUCAGCGGAGAGCAGGUGAUUCUGCAGAACUGCACGGAGGAAGGCUUUGCUAUCCACCAACAGCACUGGGACUUCCAGGAGGAUGGAAUGAUCAUCCAUGUUCUCUCUGGAAAAUGCAUGGAUGCUGGGGUCCAGCCAAGCAGUAAGAAUUUGUUCUUGCAUCAGUGUGAUGGCAAAACCAGCCAGCUGUGGCGAUUUGACCAGAUCCACCCUGUAGAUGAACGAUGAGUAACUGUGACAGAGAGCAAACAAAUGCUGGGUAUCAUAUUUCCCAGCUCCUGUAUGUCCUGAGGCAGCCCCUACUGCCUGGGCCUCUGGAGUAGAAGAGAAGAAACUUCGUUAAAACAAACAAACAACAAAAACAUAGAAAAUCUCUCCAGGGACACCACACCAUUGAUUGUCGACUGGUUUUUGUUGUUUGGUAUGGUUUUUCAAGACAGGGUUUCUCUGUGUAGCCUUGGAUGUCCUGAAACUAACUCUGAGGACCAGGCUGGCCUCAUAGCAAUCCACCUGCCUUUGCCUCCUGAGUGCUGGGACUAAAGGUGAGUGCCACCACCGCCUGGCUAUGUUGGCUGUUUUUUUUUAGAAAGAAAAACAAUGGAUUCGUUGUCUUCAUCACCAGAAGUGAUCAUCACGAAGGAGAUCAGAGUCUUCCCCUGCCCGCUCCCCACACCCGGCCCACAACAAGCACUUAACAUUUGCUUUUAUCCCUGAUUGUGGGAAGAGGCCUAGGCAUUGUCUGGCAGCACUUCUAGGAGACAUGGAAUCCAGUAGAUAAAUUUCUCGUAGCCCUUACUCAGACAGUGUAUGUGGCCAGUCAUGAAAGUCAAAAUCAGGGCUGUGCAAUGGCCUGGCUAGCAUACAUUUCAUGUCCAUUCAUUAAACCAGAGUUCAAAAGGAAGCAGUGAGGUGCAGGGAGGAAUGGGGUGUGGCUGGGAAGAAGACAGGAGAGAGAUUUGGUCCAACCGUCCAGGUCAGCACUGCCCACUGAGGAGUAGGCAGACCUGGUUAAGACGUUUUCAUCUUCAGGACAAUUUCCUUGAAACUUUCUACCUCCAUUCACCUCUGGCUCUUCUCUAGCUCACAACCAGGUUUCCCUGCAAUGUAUUCUUUCUUGAGUCACCAGUACUGGAAGGGUCAACACAUCUGAGCAUGUUCAUGAGCGAAGGUAUUACAGGAGAUAAAGUCUCUUAAUGCCCGCUUAGGAGAGUUGUGUUGGCUCAAACAGAAGUAGCAACUUUUGAAAAGGGGAAACCCAGAAUCUUUACAAGGCAAAAUAGAUCUGGCUAUUAAACGUCCCUGAGGUUUGACAGGCCACCUAUGAGCCCAUAACAAUUGUUCAAGACCCCCUAAAUGUAGCUUAGCUUCUGGUUAAAUGUUCACAUGGUUGAAGGAAAUCCACCUUAACCAGAGAAGAACCUAGGCUCAGCCACAAGAGUGGCUGAGUGAGUUAGAGUGCUGCAGAGAAAAAAAAAAAAUCUUGCCCAUUUCUUUCUGAAUGGAAUUAGCUCUCUAUAUGGUAAGCUUAGAAACUUCCCAUUCAAGAUGUCUUUGUCCUCUGAGCUAGCUUCAAAUACAGGUGUUUCAAAUAAGAACUGGAGAAGACACGGGGGUUUCUGAAGUACCUGAGUAAUAUCUGUUACUUCUCCAACUUCCAAGUCAAUGCCCACUGUUUCUCUAGCCUUAGAGUCACUCCAGACUAACGCUAUCUAAUAUCAUGACCACAAACCCAGUGGGGCCAUUUUGAUGGAAAUUCACCACAAUUCUCAAAAUUUUCAAAACUGUUCCUUGAUUGUACUGGCAUUUCUGGAGUUCAGUGGCCACCUGUGGCAAAUGGCUACUGAACCUGAGAACACAGGUAUGAAAUAGCCCACAAUCACAAACAGUAGCCCUGGAGAGCACUAGGCAGGCUCAGCCCCCAUGUAGGGAACAGGUUUUAGCUGUCUUCUUGUUUUGGACCUGUCCAUGUUUAAAACAAAUUCUUCUGAUGUGAUGGGACUGGGAUGGAGCUAAAAAUUUUCAAAUGACAACCUUGUAAAAGGUAGUAAUGGUUGAACAAUAUUUUUAAAGAUCUUUAUUUUGAUAUGAACUCUGUUAUUAGCAUUGUACAUAGCUGAAGUUGUUGGAAUAAAUUAAUAUAGCUAAAUGAAA